UCAUAAAGUGUGUCAGUGGUCACUGUGUCGGUUCAAGAUCAAGGAAUUUCUUUUUUGAUGUUACAAUAUUUGAUUGAUGCCCUUAGAUUUUUUAUUUUUAUUUGUGGGGGUUAGUGCAUGUAGAUCACCAAUUGAGUAGAUUCCACGCAAUCAACUUUGUUGUUUCCUGAUUCUUAAAUACAGAGGAAGCUAGAACACAUACAUCCAGUAAAGAGAGAGAUGGGUAAAGGAGGGAUGUCUCAUGGUGGUGGUGGUGGUGAUGGUGAAGAAAACAUGGCAGCAUGGCUUCUUGGUGUGGAUAAUCUUCAAAUCCAACCAUUCAAGCUUCCUCCUCUUGGUCCCCAUGAUGUUAGGGUUAGAAUGAAAGCUGUGGGUAUCUGUGGAAGUGAUGUUCACUACCUCAAGACCAUGAGAUGUGCUGACUUUAUUGUGAAAGAACCAAUGGUGAUUGGACAUGAGUGUGCUGGGAUCAUAGAAGAAGUUGGAAAGGAAGUGAAAUCUCUAAUACCCGGUGAUCGAGUAGCGCUAGAACCUGGAAUUAGCUGCUGGAGAUGUAAUCUUUGUAAAGAUGGUCGAUAUAAUCUAUGUCCCGAUAUGAAGUUUUUCGCAACACCACCAGUUCAUGGCUCUCUUGCAAAUCAGGUGGUGCAUCCUGCGGAUUUAUGCUUUAAGCUGCCUGACAAUGUGAGCUUAGAGGAAGGAGCAAUGUGUGAGCCUCUGAGUGUUGGUGUCCAUGCUUGUCGUCGUGCAAACAUUGGUCCAGAAACAAACGUGUUGAUAAUGGGAGCAGGCCCUAUAGGACUUGUCACUCUUCUGGCAGCUCGAGCUUUUGGAGCCCCAAAAAUUGUUAUUGUGGAUGUGGAUGAUCAUCGUUUAUCUGUUGCAAAGAAACUCGGUGCAGAUGACAUUGUCAAAGUUUCAACAAAUAUUCAGCGUGUGGAUAACGAAGUGGUUCAGAUUCAAAAAACAAUGGGGGUUGGAGUGGAUGUGACCUUCGAUUGUGCAGGCUUUGAAAAAACUGUAAGGACGGCCCUAAAUGCUACACAACCAGGUGGUAAAGUUUGUCUUGUGGGAAUGGGCCAUAACGAGAUGACUGUCCCACUUACUCCAGCUGCUGCAAGAGAAGUUGACGUGGUAGGCAUUUUCCGGUAUAAGAAUACGUGGCCACUUUGUCUGGAGUUUAUACAAAGUGGAAAGAUCGACGUGAAGCCGCUUAUAACACACAGAUUUGGGUUUUCUCAGGAAGAAGUUGUGGAAGCAUUUGAAACUAGCGCUCGUGGUAGUACUGCUAUUAAGGUCAUGUUUAACCUUUAAAACUAAACCCCAAGACUAGUUUAUAAAAAUCCUACCAAGAUCCUAUGUUAUCAGAAUAAAUCCUCAUCGGAGUUUAUUAUGCAUGGUGGUGUAGAGAAAAACAGUUGGAUGAAAAUUUGUAUUGGUGAGAAUUUCCAGAAGAAUAAAUAUAGCAGUUUGUCUACCUGUUUCAUCUAAUAUGCCAUUUAAAACUGAAGCAAGCAGUUUGAGGUUAA